AGUUUGAUGUUGAACCUUAAUAAAACUUUCUUCUUAUAUUCAUUAACCUUUUUUUUUUGGAAGCAUAUAUUCAAUUCAUUUACCUAAUCUAAUAGGAAGUACAAGUAUUUCUUAAACUACGGGUCUAUUCUCAUACGUUAAAAUUCAGUUUAGCUCAUCUCCUAAUUUCCUUCUCUUAUAAAAUAUUCAUUUCAGUUCAGUUCAUUCAAUGAGAACAGGCUCUACAUGUCAAAAUAUUAUGUUUUUUUUUUUUUUUUUAAAGAAAAUAAAAGGCUUAAAAGAGAGAUCCAAAAGUUACACACUGUAUAAAGCAAAUCCUGAUUGGUAGCAUGGCUGAAACAACUUGGAGCCAUUAAGCCAAGUGUUUGGCUUCACUACACCUAAUUCUAAAACCCCUCACAUUAAAUUUUAAAAUUAAAAAUUAAUUACAAAACUCAACACUCUAGUUAAAAUAAAAAUAAAAAUAAAAAACCUAAACUCAACCAUAGUUAAAAAACCCCCCCUAAAAACCCCUUCAGCAGAAACAUCAGGAGAAAGAAAAGAACAAGUCUCAAAGUCUGUUUUACACAAUCUUUCUUCUCUCUCUCACUUCACUCUCCCAUCCACCCUUACCUUGUUUUGGUAAACAAACCUCCCUUUUCCUUCACCAAAUUUCUCUUCCUAAUUUAUCACAUUCAUACAUUACUCUAUUUCUUUCACUCCCUCAUUCUUUUACAGCAGCGAGCCAGCGAGCCGAGGAGAAGGAAGAUGAAGACGUCGUCUAAGAGGAGUCACUCACAAUCCCACCCCCCGCCUCCUCUUCCGCUUCCUCGUCGUCGUUGUCGUGUUUCUCAUCCAAUUUCUAGUAAUGCUGCUGACUCCGCUAAUGGGUCGCCUUCGUCUCCGUCUUCGUCAUCGUCGUCGUCUUCGUCUUCCUGUAUAGUUGAUUAUCAUAUUCAUAAUGAUGAUAAAAAUAAAAAUGACCAAAUUCAAAUUGAUGACGACCAGAAGCCGCCUAAGCCGAAACGAACUAGAAGAAGGAGAGCACCCGUUAAUCCUAAAACUGAGAAAUGUACCAAUCCUUCUACCAAUCGUCGUAGCUCCAUUUACAGAGGUGUCACAAGACAUAGAUGGACAGGAAGAUUUGAAGCACAUUUAUGGGAUAAAAGUUCUUGGAAUAGCCUUCAAAACAAAAAAGGAAGACAAGUUUAUUUAGGAGCAUAUGAUAGUGAAGUAGAUGCAGCUAGGACGUACGAUCUAGCGGCACUUAAGUAUUGGGGACCAGAGACGACAUUAAAUUUUCCAAUAGAAAAUUAUACGGAAGAGGUUGAGGUCAUGCAAAAUGCGUCCAAGGAAGAGUACUUGGCGUCAUUGAGACGGAGAAGUAGUGGAUUUUCGAGGGGUGUUUCGAAAUAUCGUGGCGUGGCUAGGCAUCAUCAUAAUGGGCGAUGGGAAGCACGAAUUGGGCGCGUUUAUGGGAACAAAUACCUCUACUUAGGCACUUUCAGUUCACAAGAAGAAGCUGCUGCAGCAUAUGAUCUGGCUGCAAUAGAGUAUAGAGGCCCAAAUGCAGUGACUAAUUUUGAUAUUAGCAAUUACAUCGGUCGUGUGAAGAAUCUUAUGCCAAAGGUUGAAUCAGGGGAACCAAGUCCCAAACAAACAGAAGGUGCAGUGCCAAAAUUUCAGCAACAACAAAUAAAACAACAGAAAGAGGAAGAAGAGCUACAAGAUGAAGUGCCAGUAAAACAGCGAAAUUUGGCUGAUGUUGUACACCAGGAACAAGAUCAACAAAUGAGUAUUCCAUCUCAGCUUGAGGAGUCUAAGCUAGUUAACUCCAUUGAUCACCACCCAGCUAUGAUUGGGAUGGAGGGUGCUGAGGAUGCAAGAGAAAAUCCGUGGAGCUUUUGCUUGGAUACAGGGGGUUACGACCCCCUCUUGGUUCCGGAUAUUCCCUUUGAUGAAGAUGGCGGGCUGCUUGAUUUAUUCAAUCAGACCAAUUUUGAAGAGAAUAUUGAUAUGAUGUUUGAAGGAGAAGGAAAUUUGAUUAGUAUAGAUGACACCUUCUUCGAUGGCACAGACGUCAUAGGCUGUCAAACUUCCGAGGAAUUAGACAAGAAGAUGGAGAUUGUGCCUAAGGUGGAGGAGAAUUCACUUUCUUUUUCAUCGUCCUCCCCAUCAUCUCCUUCUUCGAUUACUAGCUUAGACUCAUGUCAGCUGUAACGCGAGCGUAAUGCAUUUUAAGAACUGUUUCUUCUCCUUUCCCCCUCUUUUUAAAUUUUAGUUUAGUUUCUCGUUUUCAGGCUCUUGAUUUAGCUUUGUGUUUGUUUAAAUUUGUUUGGUUUUAGUUUUUCUUUUCUUUUCUUUUUUUUUUUUAAAAAAAAAUAGGUUAGUUGUUGAAUUGAAGAUCUUAUGAAUGGAUAGGAAAAAUUCCAAACAUGUCAUUACUCUUCUGUUGUAGGAAAAUCGAAAUUUUGUUUCUUGAAUUUGAGUUUUGUUUUAGUAUGUGGGAGAAAAAAAAGUUAUUCACUCUAUUUCAUAAUAUUAGUGCCUAUUUUAUUUUAUAUAAAACUA